GUUGAGGGGGAGGGAUCCGGGCCCGGCCGCGGCGGCGACACCGCCCCUCGCUCGGCCCCGCCCCGCCGGGAGGGAGGGAGACGGAGCCCGAGCCCCGCAGCCGAGCCCAGCAGCCGGAGCAGGGGGCCCCGGGCGCCCAGGACCCCACAGCGGGAGCCGGGGCCCCAGCAGCAGCAGCGGCAGCCGGAGCCCCUCGGGGCCGCCCCCUUCCGUGUGGCCGGCGGAGCCGCUGUCGCACCCCCGUGAGCUCCGCUGGGGGCAGGCCGGAGGCGGCGGCAGAAUUCAAUAAUUGAUGCUGGUCCCCUGCCGGGAGGAUUCAUCUGAAGACUGCCCAUGGACGAUCAAUGUUUAUGUUUGCUGAAAUUCUAGGAUUCUUUGCUUUACUGUUUAAUUUACUGAAGAGUCCAUUUUUUCCCAUGAGUCAUCUUCCACCUCUGGAAAGAUAGAGGUGACAAAAGUUGAGAGGAACCCAGUUAGAAGACAAAGUAACCUUUAGCAUGUACAUGAAUAUACUCUGGUGUCCACCUGUGAACACGACAUGAGGAACAACAGGCAGCUCAGACCAGUGCACCACCAGUCCACUGAUUUUGAUAGAAGAUGUUAAUCUAUUGGAGUGCAGUGUCUGUCCAUCUGUCUUUCUAUGGUCCACAGAUCCUUUUAUGCUGGCUCUGCAACCUGUACUCAACUGAAGGAGGAAUCCUGCAGUUAUUCUGUAAGGACACCUAACUACAUUUAAUCAAACAUUGGCUAAAGCCAGCUGUUCAGAACAUAGUUUUGGCACAAACUCCCAGACCAUCCUUCUCCGCACUGCACCAAAGAAUGCGUAUACAGACGUCAGUCCUGCUGGUGUGUCUUAAAAUGGUGCAAAGUAGCUCAACAUGAGUGGCCUUGGGGACAGCUCAACAGAUCCUGCUAACCCUGAUUCCCGGAAGAGGAAGGGGUCGCCGUGUGAUACGUUGGCCCAGAGCAAUGAAAAGCGACGCCGGGAGCAAGAGAAUAAAUACUUAGAGGAGCUGGCGGAGCUGCUGUCGGCAAACAUUGGCGACAUCGACACCCUGAGUGUCAAGCCAGACAAAUGCAAGAUUCUAAAAAAGACGGUCGACCAAAUCCAGCAGAUGAAGAGGUUGGAACAAGAGAAGACAGCUGAUGAUGACGUCCAGAAGUCUGACAUCUCAUCCAGCAGCCAAGGAGUGAUCGAAAAGGAAUCUCUGGGACCUCUUCUCCUGGAAGCGCUGGAUGGCUUUUUCUUCGUUGUGAAUCGUGAGGGGAGGAUUGUGUUUGUGUCCGAGAAUGUGACCAGCUACCUGGGUUAUAACCAGGAGGAGCUCAUGAAUACCAGUGUCUACAGUAUCCUGCAUGUAGGGGAUCAUGCGGAAUUUGUCAAGAAUUUGCUGCCAAAGUCUCUAGUAAAUGGAGUUCCUUGGCCUCAGGAAGCAACCAGACGCAGCAGCCAUACCUUCAGCUGCCGGAUGCUGAUCCGCCCCCCUGAUGAGCUGGGUGCGGAGAACCAGGAGGCUCGCCAGCGCUAUGAGGUGAUGCAGUGCUUCACCGUGUCCCAGCCCAAAUCGAUCAAAGAGGAAGGAGAAGAUUUCCAAUCUUGUCUGAUAUGUAUUGCACGGAGAUUACCUCGACCUGCAGCUGUCACCAGUUCAGAAUCUUUCAUGACCAAGCAAGAUACUACAGGUAAAAUUAUCUCCAUUGACACCAGUUCCCUAAGAGCCGCAGGCAGGACUGGCUGGGAGGAUUUAGUGCGGAAGUGCAUCUAUGCUUUCUUCCAGCCUCAGGGCAGAGAGCCAUCUUAUGCCAAACAGCUAUUUCAAGAAGUGAUGACGCGUGGCACGGCCUUCAGUCCAUCAUACAGAUUCACGCUGAGCGACGGGACGGUACUUAGCGCCCACACCAAGUGUAAGCUCUGCUAUCCUCAAAGCCCAGAAAUGCAGCCUUUCAUCAUGGGCAUCCAUAUCAUUGACAGGGAUCACCACAUGCUCUCUCCUCAAGAGAACACUAACUCUGGAAUGCCCCUUCCCCGUGUCAGCCCUGCGCUGAACCCCAGCAUCUCCCCAGGGCAAGGCAUGGCUCUCUCGUCUGCCAUCCCUCCAUCCAACAGCGGCAUGUUGGCGACCAGUGUAAAUCAGCAGCCAGGCUCUGGCCUCCAUAGCAGCAAUUCCAGCACCGGCCAGACGAGCUUUGGGUGUUCACCUGGGAAUCAGAUCGGAGCCAAUGUUGCCUUAAGCCAGGGACAAUCUGGUCCCCAGAACAAUAACCACCUUUUAAACCUCAAUAGCUCCCCCAUGAAUAGUCCAGGGAUUACCCCAGCACAGUUCAUGUCUCCUAGGCAUCGGGUUAGCCCAGGAUUGGUACCAAGGCCCAGAAUGCCAAGCAAUCCUUUCUCUCCUACCAUGCCUACCAUGCACUCCCCUGUGGGCAUGGCAAGCAGUGGCUGCAGCAGCGGUGGCAGCAGCAACAGGCCUUUCCCCAGUGCCCCGAUAAACUCUAUGCAGGGGCUUAAUGAAGGCCCCAGCACCCCCAUGGGCUACUCCACACCACCUCCCAUUCUGAGGCAGCCGAGCUCCCAGAACUCGCCUGGCCGGCUCAGCAUGCAGCCUGUGAAAACGGAGCCAAAAGACAGCAAGGAGAUUACCUCCAUCCUGAGCGAGAUGAUUCAGUCUGACAGCGGCUCGAGCGAUGGCAAGCCACUGGACUCAGGCCUGCUACAUGCCAGUGACAGACUCGCGGAGGGAGACACCAAGUGCUCCCAAGCUACCAGCCACAAGCUGGUUCAGCUCCUGGCCACAACGGCAGAACAACAGCUGCGGCAUGCUGAUGCAGACACUAGCUGCAAAGAUCCCUUAUCCUGCACAGGUGCCUCUGGGAACCCUCCAGGCAAUGCGUGUCCCUCUUCCCAUAGCUCCCUCACAGAGCGGCACAAGAUCUUACACCGUCUCUUGCAGGAGGGCAGCCCCUCUGACAUCACCACUCUGUCCAUGGAGCACGACAAGAAGGAUACUGCGCCAAAUGCUGCCGCCACCCCUACCUCUCAGAGUCAGAUCCCGGGGACCCCUGAAAUCAAACUGGAGCCAGAGGCCUUGAAGAAAAAGGAGUCCAAGGACCAUCAGCUCCUACGCUACCUGUUAGACAAGGAUGAGAAGGACCUUGCCGCGGUCCCGGCCCUGAGUCUGGACGACGUGAAGGUGAAAGUGGAGAAAACGGAGCAGAUGGAUCCGUGCAAUACGACUCCGGCCCCGCUGACCAAGCCCCCUGCCGCAGAGGAGGUAAAGCUAGAGUCGCAGGGCCAGUUUGCUGCUGACCUUGACCAGCUCGAUCAGCUGCUGCCUUCGCUGGAGAAAGCAGCCCAGUUGCCAGGCUUGUGUGGGACAGAUAGAACCGAAAGCAGCAUGGCUGGUGUUGCGGUCAAACCUGAGAUUCUGGCAGCCCCCCUCCAGCCCAGCGCUGCAGCAAGGACUCCAAUGGGGCUUAAUAGAUUGUCUGAACUGGAGUUGGGAGUCUCCGAUCAACAGUUUGGACAGCCAGGAAUGGGUGACCAGAUUCCAUGGGCAGAUAACACCAUGGCCUCCAUGAAUCGAGUAUCUUUGAAUAAACCAGACGACCAGUGCAUCACUUCCCAGCUGGACGAACUCCUAUGCCCUCCCACCACGCCGGAGGGCCGGAAUGACGAGAAAGCCCUGCUCGAGCAGCUUGUGUCCUUCCUGAGUGGCAAAGAUGAAACGGAGUUGGCGGAACUGGACCGAGCUCUUGGGAUUGACAAAUUGGUCCAGGGAGGCAGCCUGGAAGUGCUGACUGACAGAUUCCAGCCACAGCAAGCGACACCGUCUCUUCUAAUGGAUCAGAAGCCUGGCCUGUACCCCCAGCCUUAUUCUUCUGCUUCUACUGCUAAUCUCCCCAGCCCUUUCCAAGGCAUGGUCAGGCAGAAACCUUCUUUCGGGCCCAUGCCGGUUCAGGUACCAUCGCCCCGAGGGGCUUUCCCCACCAACAUGGGAAUGCAGCCACGGCAGAUUCUAAACAGGCCACCGACAGCCCCCAACCAGCUGAGACUUCAGCUGCAGCAGCGGCUACAAGGGCAGCAGCAGCUGAUACACCAAAAUCGGCAGGCGAUCCUGAACCAGUUUGCAGCAAAUUCUCCGGUCGGCAUCAGUAUGAGGGCAGGCAUGCAGCCACAGAUUACACCUCAGCCACCUCUGAAUGCACAGAUGCUGGCCCAGCGCCAACGAGAGCUGUACAGCCAGCAGCAUCGGCAGAGGCAGCUAAUGCAGCAGCGAGCCAUAUCAAUGAGACAGCAGAGCUUCGGGAACAACCUUCCUCCCUCGGCUGGACUCCCAGUGCAGAUGGGGGCCGCUCGCCUCCCCCAGGCACCCCCACAGCAGUUCCCCUAUCCCCCCAACUACGGUACGAAUCCAGGAAACCCUCCCACCUCCACCAGCCCCUUUUCGCAGCUGGCAUCGAACCCUGAGGCAGCACUGGCCAGUCGCAACAGCCUGGUGAACAGAGGGAUGAUGGGGAACGUUGGAGGGCAGUUUGGUGCCGGGAUGACGCCUCCCAUGCAGCAGAACAUCUUCCAGUACUCUGGGUCAGCUUGCAGUGAAGCGGCCUGUGUGUUGUUCCCAGGUAUGGGUCAGCAAAGUGAGCCUGCAUUCGCUCCAUCACUCAGCCCCAGCAGCCCUCUGGUGUCGCCGCAGAUCCCUCCUUCGCAGAGCCCCAUGCUCCAGCCAGCUCCAUCGACCCCUGGGUACCCGUCCCCAGACAUGAAGACUUGGCAGCAAGGAACAAUGGGGAAUAAUAAUGUAUUCAGCCAAGCUGGGCAGAACCAGCCCACACCUGCGCAGCAGGGAAUGUACAACAACAUGAGCAUCACCGUGUCCAUGGCCGGAGGAAACACAAACGUCCAGAACCUGAAUCCAAUGACUGGACAAAUGCAGAUGAGCUCACUGCAAAUGCCCGGGAUGAACUCCAUGUGCUCUGAGCAGGUAAAUGACCCAGCACUGAGACCCACCGGCCUUUACUGCAACCAACUUUCCUCCACUGACCGCUUGAAAACAGAAGCAGACGGGGCGCAGGUCAGUAAGAAACUGCUAAGCACAGACCCAUCUGAGCAGGUACAACAGGUUCAGGUGUUUGCUGACGUGCAGUGUACAGUGAAUCUGGUAGGCGGAGACCCUUACCUGAACCAGCCUGGUCCAAUGGGCUCGCAGAAAAGCACGACAGGUCCUCAGACCCCUCAGGCCCAGCAGAAGAGCCUCCUUCAGCAGCUACUGACUGAAUAACUGCUUUUAAAGGAAUGUGAAAUUUAAAUAAUAAGACAUACAGAGAUAUAUAAAUAUAUAUAUAUUAUAUAUUUUUCUGAGAUUUUUGAUAUCUCAAACUGCAGCCAUUCUUCAGCUCGUAGUGUUUGGAGCAAAAGUUUUUUUUGUUUUGGGGUUGUUAUUUUCUUUUUGUCCUUCGGGUGGUUUUUGUUUGUUUGUUUGUUUUUGUAAAAGGCGUUGGAUGUUGGCAAAGCGACAAGGCAGGACAGUCGGUUUCUUGAGCCAAAAUUACAGAUGAUUCUUAUUUUUGUAAUCAGUUGCUGGCAUCUUACUCCAGACGAAGGUUUCUCGGGGAAGUGGGGAAGGGGAUGGAGGAAGAAGCGAGUUGAAAGAGACUGCUUCGGAAGGAGGACGAUCAUCUCAGUUUCAGCUGGAUCUGUCACUGAUUCGUGUCUCAGCCCAGUGGGAAGGUGGGAAAUUGACACCAGACUUCUAUCAGAAAGGCUGUUUUUAUUCAUGCUUAAAAAACCCAAACACCUUUUCUCCCUUCUGCCCCAGUCCGCUUGUGCGUACAAUCAGCUUUUUCUAGCAAUCGUGAGUUUGUCAGUUUUAAAGAAAAACAGAGAGUAUUUUGACCCACCAUUUUCCCCAUGUUUUAUGCUGGUGUUUAAAGCCUCCUAGCGAGAGAGGCCACAAUGUGUAUAUUACAUCGGGGGAAAACAAUAAUAAAAAGACAAAAAAAAAGAACAGUUUGGGGGGAAAAGCUGCAAUAAUUUUUAGGGGGAAGGAUGGGGAGGAGGGGGGAGGGUUCUGUCAAUUGUAGAUAAAAAUUUUCUGAUUAAAUAUUAAAUAAAAUUAAGCAGUUGGUUUUUUCUGCUUUGAUUGUGCUUAACAGCUGAGGUAGCUUAAACUAUUUAAAAUAAUAAUAAAAAUAAUGAAAAUUCAACUCUCUGAUGGGAGAUAGCUUAUUUUUUUCCCCCUCAAACCUGUCACUGUACAUAGCUCUGAUCUCUUGUGUAAAUUUGUUUUCUUCCUUUAGCUGCGAUCGCUCUUAAUAUCACCGCUUUUUAUUUGAUUUAUUAUUUUUUUCCCUUUUUCUAAAAUUUUGCUGGUGUGUGGAAAAUGUGUAGCUUUGUUGACUGAAUUUACAAGAGAUAAAAACAAAGAAAUCGAGAUGACAGCUAACCUUGUACUGCUUUCUGAUGACUGUGCUAUGCAGCGUGUGGAUUUUCCCUCUCUGGCGGUUGGAGGUGGAUGGGGCAGGUCUAGUUUUCAGAGGUACUGAGCAUUCAUUGCUCCCACUAGUCCACAGGAGCUGCAGGAGCGCUCAGCACUUCUGGAAAUUGGCCCUCUAAGCUUCAAAGGACUAGUUCAUUCUGCCCCACAGAACAGCCUGGUCCAGCUCCAGUGGGAGGCGUGGCUCUACCAAAAGCCCACAGGGGGUGUUGUAGUUGCCACCACUAGAGAGAAGAAGGGUUCCUGCUCCUGCCCUGCCACUCAGGCAGUCACCAGUGAAAUGAGCGAUGUGAACCGAAGGCAAGUCUGCGAAGCUCUCAGCUUGAGCCCAAAGGGGUCUAAGCCAGUUAGAGAAUGUGUCCCUCUUCUCCCAGAGGGGGAAAGACCAGAACUUUCAAUACAGACCAGGAAUGCCCCAGCCAUUAGUGUCACUCCCCGAGGAAAUACACUCAAUUCCCUGUGACCACAGCCAGAAAGCUGUUCAAGGAGAUUUCUUCACCACAUUUGACUUGAGAUCCAAACCUCCAUAUCCCCUCCCCAUGCAGGAUUUUUACCAAUCAUAGAUGGGGAACUGCAUGUCCGGUUCUGUGCACCAAUGGUCAUCCUAAUAUCGACACCUUGCAGCUCCCCCAAGCUGAGUGUGAUAAACAAAGGCACUCUCAGACAAGAAGGGAUCUGUGAUAGCCCGCGUGGGAGACUGGCUAAUAAAUCUGGAGCAGAAAUGGCAGCUCCAACCAGGACACUAGAAGUCUUCCAAACUAUAGGGGCUCUGGCCAUCUGGACUCAGCUGAUAUGAUACCACACUCUUGUAGGAGGAGUUGCUUUGUGCCAGGAGAGGUAUAUCGAAAUCAUGGAUCUGAUGAGAGAGCCAGUCCAACACUCACAGUAUUCACUGUGUCCAGGUGGUGUGAGCCUUAUUGGGAUGCUAGUUCCCUACCUCACCAGGGGCUGCAGCGUAUGUAUUCAUGCUACAACAGUACAUGGCACAUUACAAGACAGAGGCACUCUGCUGAAAUAAAUACGAACCUCAGACUGUGCAGGGGGAAGAGCUGACAGAAGUGAAUUCCCUUUGGGUCUAUUCCCCUACAUUCAAUCAUUGGGGCAAGCUUUAGAAUGUGGGGCAGCUAAGAGAGACACCACAGUACAGAGCCAAUGCCGUUCAGAUGCCUGGUGCCACACAUACACUGUCCUCUCUGUGGGCAGAGCCAAGAAGUUCUUCAAUGGGAACCCUGUCUCAGUAUAUACAUGGCUGCUGCCCUAUCAGCUCCUUAAACCAAGGACUUCCCAUGCCUCCUUAUUCAUGCCCUACCCUCCACUUCCUGUACUGCUCCUGGUUGUACAGGAAACCUAAAGAGGUACAGCUGCAGGACAAGAACGAUGCUUCUAGUGCAAGGCCGUCCAUACAGAAUGCUCGCCAGUCCUCACACAGGGGCUGCCCUGUCCAGAACUGCAGAAGGUAUUCAGGCAACUAUGCAAAAAGCCACAUGUCUGAGUCCUGUCAAAAGCACAUGGGGUAAAGUUUGGGACAUGUUCUGUGUGAAGACCAAGGAAUCCCAGCUAAGAGCCUGGUAGGGUUCUUUGUUAGCCCAACCCAGAACAUUAGACCAAGGGUCAAUUUCUGAACUCCCCUUUGGAGCCUAAAGUUGGUAUUAGAUAGAGACACUAGCCUUAUCCCCACUGCAUGUAGAAUACCUCUGGGAUUUCUAGCCCUUCCUUGCCUAACCAUCAAAACCACUUCCACAGCCUCCCUAGCCUCAGCGAUGAAGGCAGACUAGCCUUUUUAAUUCUCCACAGGGCCUUUUCCCUGCUUAGCCUCCAAGCUUCAUCUAGCACUAGAUAUCUUGCCAAGUUUUCAGCUCAAGAAACCGAAGAAGUCCCUACAAUUUCCAUGCGUCAAUGGAGCUGAAUGGAUUUUAGUUUGAACUGAAGUUACAGAGCCCAGAUGGGUAGAAUGCCCAAUGCAAAUUAGGGCUCCCUUCUAGAGGGGUGCAGCAGUCUGAUGGCUGAGCAGCUAAGGAUUUCCAUAUGCAGCUUCACCUAACACUGAGGAAGGAUGGCCUUGUAGUUAAAGGCACAGGCCUGGGUUCCUGGCUCUGCUGCAGGUUUCCUAUGCAGCCUUGGUGGAUUACAGUAUCUGACUAACUUCCUAGGAGAAACAGCUCUUUAAUCUAGUGGAGAAAGGUAACACAAGAACUAAUGGCUGGAAGCUGAAGCCAGACCAAUUCAAAUUAAACAAAAGGUGCAAAUUUGUACCAGUGAAGGAGAUUAGUCAUUGGAACAAACUACCAAGGAACAUGGUGAUUCUCUUCAAAUCAAGACUGGCUACCUGACAGGAAGAUUUGCUUUAGCCAAGCAGAAGUUACUAAAUUCAGUACGGGGUAACUGGGUGAAAUUUAAUGGCCGGUGCUAUCCAGGAGGUCAGACUAGAUGAUCUGAUGGUCCCUUCUGGCCUCAGAAUCUAUGAAUCUGAAAUCACUCAGGCCCAAAUUGUCAAAAGCAGCCUCGAAUGCUGAGAGCCUGGAUUGUGGGGCUGCUAGGGCGGGAUUCCAGUGGGCCUGCAGCGCUUAUUGACCUGCGUUGGUGUUUGAGUGCUGAGCGCCUCUGAACAUCCAACCCUGGGUGUCUAAAAUGGGGCUCCUAAAAAACGGACACACCCAAAAUUAAAGGCCACUUUUUGAAAAUGUGGACCUUAAUCUCUCGGCCUCAGUUUCCCCAUCUAUUAAGGUAAAUGUAUUCUGUGCAUUGCAGUACCACCCACCAUGUGCUAGGUGCUGUCAAUACACAGCUCCCUGCCCCCAAUAAGCUCACAAUCUAAGAAACCAAGCCACAUCCGUGAGGGUGAGGGAGAUGGAUAAAAAAAUGCAGGCAGAAUAAAGACCACCACUCCCACAUGUGUACCUCAACUGUCUGAUUUGUGGGCAAUGUGGCAGAAAUGGGUCUCGAGGGAUCUGCAGGAGUGUUGAUGUGCUACCUGUUUCCCCAGGAUGUUGUGAAGCUACACUUGUCAGGCUGGAGAUUUGCAGGCCGUGGAUGGAAAGUGCUAUAGAAGGAAUGAUGCUGGUUAUCGUCAAUCUACGAUGGCUAUUAAUACAGUGCUAGUCCUCUUAUCUCUGCUCUUUCUAUAUGCUGCUGCUAUUGUACCUAGAACUCAUCUGUCUGGACCAGUGGCAACUCAAAUCCCAGCAAGAACAUGUUGCCUGGUAAAAUCCCAAUGUUUCUGGAACUUGGGGUCCCAAUCCAGAACCUGGCCCUAGGUUUAGUAGUCAACAAGCCAGAGAGGUUAGAGAAGGAUUUUUCCCUUUCUCCUUCUGCUUCAUAAGGCUAAGGAGGAUCUCAACGGGAGAAGAGGGGGGGUGGACACAGAUGAUAAAGAAGAGGGUACCCAAAAAGUUCUGUGAUAGUUGGUGGCUCUGCCUGAUUAACAGGUGUCAGGUGGGAGCUGAUACGGUGGCUGGAUUAGGGGCUUCCCAUUCAAUCUCCAGAUGAAAGCUACUCUUGCCUUUUAGAUGCUGUGGUCAGUUGCCACUGCUGUCUGGAGGGGUCUGUGUCUGGUACCUGCGUGUGUGACAUCAGUGUGCGCUUUCCCCAGCCCUCCAUUUCCUCUGACAUGGCCAAAACCUAGUGACCAAAGGAAUUUCCAAACGCUGCCUCAAUUCCCAUGCUGUAGUGUAGGAGUGCGUUCUGUGGGGUCGUGGGAGGGGGGUGAGAAAUAUAAAUGCUAUUCAGCUCAUGUCCUUUCCUAGUUCUGUCUUGAGCUGCUCAGGUGUGAACAGUUCCUGUAGGGCACCCCGUUGCUCGCUGAGUUCAGUGUCCUGUGUGCAAAAUACCCAUGGGAGCUCAGCAUGGGAAAAGCGAACUUGGGAAUUAAAACCAGCUGUGAGCAGCAGUUCCUUGACCAGGCGCGUUUUAAGGAUCUGAGAUAAGAUACCAGUAGUGCAGGGCUGGGCUUAUCUUUUAACACAGCUGUAAAUAACCAUCUCAUGGUGAUGUGUGCACACACGGUGCAGUUCCUUGCUGACUUGUCUCUCUGCACUGGUCUCUUUCCAGUCCUGUUGGACACCUGCCCCAGAAGUCAGCGUAGUCUAAUGAUUAGUGUGUUUGUGGGGGGAGGGUUCAGGAUUCUUGCAUUCCAGCCCCAGCUGUGCUACUGACCAAAGCGGGAGACAGGUGGCAGUCAACCAGAACCCAGUGUCUACAGGGGCCCCGCACACAUCGUAUGUGCCAACCUACCCAGUUCAGAGCAGUCUCGUUUCCUGGCCAAUCAGCCAUCUUUAAAAAACAUGUUUCAUUUUGUUUGGCAUUUCAUGACUGCAACAUGGCACUGCAUGUGCACGAUACUGUGUGGUGCGAACACCAAAAUGCCUCCAGACAUAGUUGGCAGCUAGAAAUGCAUCUUAGGAUCUCUAGCGCGAGACAUAAUUAUGAAGACUGCUGCCCAGAGGAAGCGUAUAAAUGCAGAAGACCAACAGAUCCUUGGGAUGGGUCCCAGAAACUGUUUGGCCAAGCUCUGGGAUAGAAAGACACUAAGAAUACACUUUGAUUCCAGCUAAGUAGGUGCUAUUCUACAGAAACCAUUCAAGUAUUCAGUCAUAGCAACAUAUGCUCAUGAAUUGGUAUUGAAUCCCACCGACAGAUCCAGCAGUAACACCAAGAAACAAUUCCCUCCCUAAGAGUCAAUACAGCUUCUUACCCCUUCACGCCACAGCAACAGAUUAAGAUUUGAGAGGAGAUGCCCCAAUGCUCUAAUUGGAUUUGUGCAGGCAGACCACUACACCCAAGCAAAUAUAGCGGCAGGAUUGGAGGCCCUAAUGAUCAUUAGCCAUAAGGUGCCAAUGAAAUGGUGCGGCAACCCUCUCCCAGUGGGUCUUUUUGCGUCAAUGGACAAUAAUAGAUCUGUGGUAGAAAGCCCAGUUUUCAUUGCUGAAACCUUCAGAGGAGUGGCCCAGCUUCAGAGGGGGAGAUUAUCAGGGUCGACAAAGACAUCAUGGAUUUAAUGUCCCAAUCCUUGAACUAAUUAGUGAACAGAAGUGGCUAGGGGUAUUUUCACUGGGGUUGUUUGGAUAAAAUCACACACUACCCCAAUCAAUAAUUUAUGUAAUAUAAUAAUUACUUAUGUGCAAAUAAUUUAUAUUUGCACAUUUUACUGUUUUCUUUUACCAGGAAACACUCUUCCCCCACCGCCACCCCACUCCACCCCACUUUGCCACAGUUCUGAUAAUUAAAAAAUUGAAAUCCAGAUCCUAGGAUGAGAGGCAGCUGUUUUGCAGCAGAGCCCACGUGGUUGCUGGCUGUUUUUUCCUCAUAGAAGACAUAAUUUCUCUCUCUGCUGCCUGCAUGUUUUUUUAAAUUCAGGGACUAGUUUAAACUAGGUGGGUGUUGGAUUUUUUUUUUUUUAAACUUGUUUGCAAGUGAUCGAAGUGUGAGAACGUAGUGAAAUAAAUAGAGGAACCAAUUCUAGGGAUGUAAGUAAAAAAAAAUUAAUUUUGCUUUCUGGUCACUUACGAGCCUAUCUGCUCUGCUGGUUUCCCUCUGUUCGUAUAAAAUAAAAAGUACCAUCGUAUUCUUCUGGCGUGGCCCCAAACACCGUACUAAGAGGGGGAUGAGGUGAAGUGGUUUGGACCAUUACCAGAAAAUGCUGUGGGACUUAUUAAGAAGUUGACUGUCAAGUUUUAAUGUGCCCUUGGUUUCCAUUGUGAUUUUAAAGGAGGACCUGAAAAAGGCAGAAAACAGUGGGUUUUUGCCACUUCUUGCUUCUUUAUGAUAUAAAGGGAAGGCCUGAAAGAUUGCUGGUUUGGAUUCCUUUUAUAUUUAUUUGGCUGCUCGUUGUUUACGCUAUAAAUUCAGGUCUUGUCUGGCCUGUUUCUCCUGAGCAACUCUAUGGAAGACUGGAGAAUUUAUGAGAUUAUGUAAGAAACAAUGCAGAUGUAACUAGAUUAAGAGGGGGAAAUUAUUUCUAAUGAGACUGUUUAACUCCUCAUAAGAAACAAAUUGGAAGAAAAACUCUUUUCUUAAAAUUAAUCUCACACGCCCACACUUCUACUUCUCCUUUAAUUAAGGGCUCAGAGAGCUCCCAAUCCACAGAUCUGAAUCCACCAAGGAAGAAA